AGCAUUCUCCAAUGCAUCCUCUUGACUUGUGAAUCACAGUGUUUUGAGCACUUUACGUAGCUGCUAAUGUCAUAGCAUCAGUAAAUCUUCUUCCAAGCAUUGCCAUUGACAGUCUACAGUCUGUCCACCGACUGUCCUACUAUUGCAAUGCCUUGUCUGCUGUGCCCAUCUCUCUUGAGCUGCCUCCUCCUCCUCCUUCCUUUCCCAUUAGCCUCCAGUUCUGCGUCUAAGGGAGACACAGUGGUCAUAACCAGAAGUGGCCCUAUUAAGGGCAAGCAGUUUCUGGCUGACCUUGGAUCUGUGACAGCCUAUCUAGGCAUUCCUUAUGCUGAGCCUCCCCUGGGGAAGUUGCGUUUCCAGAAACCUCUUCCACAUCAGCCAUGGAGUCAAACAUUGGAAGCCACCAGUUUUGGCAAUUCCUGUCCUCAAUUUAUUUUCCGGGACGUCCCUGAAGCAGAUAUAUGGUCUCCUAAAACACCAUUGUCAGAAGAUUGCCUUUCCCUCAACAUCUGGGUGCCACAUCCACAACCUUCUUCACCAGUCCCUGUUUUGGUCUGGAUACACGGAGGGGGAUAUGCAUUCGGCACAUCUUCUGUGGACGUGUUCAAUGGGACACAUUUGGCUGCCACUGAGAAUGUCAUUGUGGUCACCAUCAAUUAUCGCUUGGGAGCCCUGGGCUUUCUGUACUUGCCACCAGCUGCUCCAGGGAACCUAGGGUUAUGGGACCAACAGCUGGCCGUGAAGUGGAUAAAAGAGAAUGCAGCUGCCUUUGGGGGAGAUCCUUCUCGGGUGACCAUUUUGGGCCACAGUGCUGCAGGAUCUUGUGUGAAUCUCCAUCUUCUCGCACCAAAAAGCCAGGAUCUUUUUGCCCAAGCAGUGAUCCAAAGCGGAACAGCCAAUGCCUAUUGGGCUUUGAGGUCUCCUGAGGAAGCCAGACGGUUAUCUCUGGAAUUUGUUCAUUUGCUAGGCUGCUCUGAGGACAAUAAUAUCAGCAUAGUGCAUUGUCUGCAAACAAAAAAUGUUUCUGAACUUAUUCGGCAUGAAAUAGCUAUGUCCUUCAAAGGCCUCCUUGCGGAUUUUCCCUUCAGGCCAAUCAUAGAUGGGGACUUUUUGCUUGGUGAUCCAGGAAAGCUCAUGGAGGAGAGGCAAAUUCAGGUCAAACCUCUCCUCAUAGGUGAAACCUCUGAUGAAGCAGCCACAUAUGUCCACACUACUUUCCCUAACAUCACCGACAAUCUCAUCAAUCAGGAGCAGCUUCUGAAAGGGAUACAGCAAUUGGUGCCAAAUGCAACUGAAGAUUUUAUUCGGACUAUUGCACUGAAGUACAGUGAAGGAAAUCACGGCCCAGCGAAAUACCGCUCUGCUAUGUCCCACUUCUAUACAGAUCGGAUCUAUUCAUGCCCAAUGAGGGAAGCUGCAGCAAAUAUCAGGAAAGCUGGGAGUCCUGUAUAUGCCUAUUUAUUCACACAUCGCCCUUCAUGGUCAGUCUGGCCUGAAUGGAUUGGGGCAUCUCACGGUGCUGAUGUUCCUUUUGUUUUUGGAACCCUUAAAUCAGCACUGCCUUUCAAUCAAACAUACACAGAUCUUGGGCACAGGGAAGGAAGGAAGGAAGGAGCCACCAAGAGUAAUUUACAGAGAAGAUUACGCAGUGUUGCAAAAGAUAAAGCAUGA